CUAAAUACACUGAACCUAAGCACCUUGAACACUUGUCAACAAGUCGUUCUUUACUUCCUGACGAUACUCGGAAACCCAUUCUCGGUCAGCGUUUUUGUUCUAUACAUCAGGAAAAGAGCUUUUCAUAAGAAGUUUAGGGACAUCAAUGAUGCCACAUGGGCCCCAACUCCAGAUAGUACCCAUGUCGGAGUAGAAGGCGCUCAGAUGCGGACCACCGAGACACCUACCUACAAAAAACCCCCCUUUGCCUUUCGGAAGUUUCUAAGCGUUUUGAAGUCGUCGCUAGGUCGUAAUUCCCAGUUCCAUGACCUCUCGCGUGAGGACUGGAAUAAGCUUGGCAGCAUUGAAUAUAAAGCACUCAAAAUGUUAUUGUGUCUCGUCCCUGGUUAUCUGAUAUUUUCUCAACUCCUCGGAAUCUUCAUACUAGCGCCAUACAUGGUAUUCAACAAGUCGGAUGUCGCUCUCUCCAACGGCGUGAGCCCAUUGUGGCUGGGAACUUUUCUCUCUUCAAGCGCUUUCAACAAUUGUGGUCUAUCAUUGCUAGAUCUAAACAUGGUUCCUUUCUCAACUUCCUUCUUGGUACUGGUCUCAUCGUCGGUUCUUGCCCUAGCCGGAAACUUAGCAUUCCCAAUUGUCUUCCGUGGUUUGCUUUGGUCUGCUCUCAAAGUCUUACCAGCCGACAAUCACUUCCAAGAUUGGCGGGAAACCAUCACCUUCAUUUUGAAAUACCCAAGACGACUUUAUAUAUAUUUGUUUCCAUCUUUACAUACCUGGAUUUUAGUGGUCAUCCUCGUUCUCAUCAAUGGACUCGAAGGGAUCGCAUUUCACUUUUUAAAUAAGAAAAAUCCUACCCUUGAUACUCUUCCACCGCAUAUCCAGUUCCUAGAUGCCUACUUCCAAACCGUCGUAACACGGACGGCCGGGUUUGAUGUGAUACCGAUCUCUUUCCUCCGCAUUGGAAUGCAAGCUCUAUACUUAGCCAUGAUGUUCGUCUCAGCCUACCCAGUUGUUUUUGCGAUGCGGAGUUCCAACGUAUACGAAGAACGUUCCCUCGGCAUUUAUGCCAACGAAUUACUGCCAGAGAAAUCUGAAAUGUUUUCCAGUCCAAAUUAUGGCGAUGAAGACACUUUUUUACCCCAUGCGCCGAGGACGAGAGCAUACUACCUGCAACAAGAAAUACGAAAGCAACUCGGGCACGAUCUCUGGUUCCCAAUGGCGACCGCUAUCCUCAUACUCUGGAUCGAGACGGGUAGUCUCGACAGAGAUCCCACUACCUUUUCCGCCUUCAACAUCCUCUUUGAAAGUGUCAGCGCUUAUGCUGGUGUGGGUUUAUCCACCGGUCUACAAGAUCAAGCUUACUCCCUUUGUGGCGAGUUUCAUAUUGCGUCGAAGCUCAUCCUGUGUCUGGCUAUGCUGCGCGGUCGUCAUCGAGGGCUCCCUGUUGCAAUCGAUCAAGCCGUUCAACUUCCUCAAGAUAUUCCCGGAGAAAUGGAACAACAAGACCACGAGAUAAGAACCCGUUUCUCUUUGGUAGAUGCAGCCCUGGAGUCCAGGCCACCAUUCUCGACUAGACCUUCAGACCAGAUAAAAUAG